UUGUCACUAACUGGGAGAGACAAGUGCAUCAGCGAGAAAACUGCACUUUGACAGGCAGACAGAUAUAUAUUGCACUGUCCCUGUGCAGAUCUCGACUGGAGCGCACUGUAGUAGAUCCGAACCGACAGGGGUGAGAAAUAAAAACAUUUUCUUCCCCCCCCCACCUCUCCAAACUUUCCUUCAGCAACGAAGUGGAACCUGAAGCCGCUGAAAUUGACCUGAAAUUAAACAGACCACUGGGUGACACGUUUUAGACGACUGUUUUUAUAUUGAGAGUUUGUUUAUGUGUAAAAAAAGUUUUAAAGUGAAUAGAAAGUAGGACAGGGAGUUUCUGUUGUUGACUGUUUUAUUUUGUCAAAGAAGAUGGAAAUACUUGUGUGCCUGACCAUUUUACUCUGCACAGUGGCUGGGGUGGAGAUUGGCUGUGGGCCACAAUGCCACUGUCCUGAUGUCCCUCCACGUUGCGCCCCGGGGAACAGCUUGGUGAUGGACGGCUGUAACUGCUGCAGAGUGUGUGCCCGGCAGUUUAACCAGGACUGCAGCACAUUGGAGCCCUGCGACCACAUCAAGGGGCUGGAGUGUAACUUUGGCUCCGGUGACACUGCCAAGCGGGGGAUCUGCCGAGCCAAAUCUGAGGGAAGGCCUUGUGACUUUGGUGGGAACAUUUACCAGAACGGAGAGAACUUUCAGCCCAACUGCAAGCACCAGUGUACCUGUAUAGAUGGAGUGGUGGGCUGUUUGCCUCUCUGUCCCCAGGAGCUCUCUCUGCCACCCAUGGAUUGUGCCAAGCCUCGGCUGGUCAAGAUACCGGGACAGUGCUGUGAGGAAUGGGCCUGCGACACCAACCAUAUCGGUGAAGACUCUGGUGAUAGCAACGAGGAAGGAGAGGACUCUAUGAGCUGCGAAGAGGUCGAAGACCAACCGGACGCAGAACCGCUCUCGAGCAACGAGCUCACUGAUUUGGUCAGGGGUGGCCUGAAAAUUGAACCAGCCUGGAGGAUGCAGGCCCAUAAUGGUAAUGCCAAGCCAAAGUGCCUGGUCCAGACCACAGCUUGGUCACAGUGCUCCAAGACCUGUGGCAUCGGCAUCUCAACCAGAGUGACCAGCGACAACCCCCAGUGCAAACUGAUGAAAGAGACCCGCCUCUGUCAACUCCGGCCCUGCGACCUGACACUCAACACCAACCUCAAGAAAGGCAAGAAAUGUUUGAGAAUGAAGAAGGCCAAGGAGCCCGUGCGGUUGACCUACGCCGGAUGUACCAGUGUGAGGCAGUAUAAGCCCCGUUGGUGUGGCACCUGCACUGACAGCCGCUGCUGCGUCCCUUCAGAAACCCGCACCAUCCCCGUGCGCUUCCGCUGCGAGGACGGGGAGACCUUCACCAAGAGGAUGAUGUGGACCAACAAGUGCCGGUGCCACUACAACUGCCCGUACCAGAAUGAGAUCUCCUACCCUCACUACAUGCUCCACAAUGACAUCCACAAGUUUUCUGAGUAAAUGUGGCGGAGGCGGGACUCGUGAGAAAAGCAGAGAUUCUGCGUCGUCAAGACUGGCGGCCAUUUGCUGUACCUAGUAGUUCACUUUUCUGACUGUUCAUGUCUACACUGGCAACCACACCAGUUCACCAACCACAAAGGCCAGACUGAUUGUUCAUUCACAGCAUUGGCUGUUGGGGCACAUUUGAACUUCUGGAUGUAAAUGCUGGUGAUGGCUAUCUGUCUCUGCCUUCUGACCUUGAUUUCCAGUUGUCCACACACAGUACAUCUCCUGUAGCUCUUGGACUCUCCUCUGCAAGGGUUCUAUUGACAACAUAUCAUUUUUGUUGAAAACCAACUAACCUUUGAACCCAAAGACUACAUAAUUUGAAAUGGGUCCAAGUAAAGUGAGCAAUUCUCAAUUCACAGGCUGUACUUCAAAAUUUGCGCCUCUGAAAAUGAAGUUCAAGAAGGUGGGACAAAGAAUGCAGACAAAUUCCAUCUAUCCAGCCAGUGUUAACCUUUAACCUUUAGUUGAACAGGUUGGUUUAUGACUAGUAUCUCUUCUAUGCCAGUUUUCCAGCUUGGUUUAGAACAGAUCAAAUUAACUGUAACAAGAAACAAUUCACAUUGACAAUUCUUCCUUAUCUAAUUUAAUCAGAGUUAAUGUGGUUUUAUAUUUUAUAUAUAUAUAUAUAUAUAUAGUUGCAAAUGAAAUUUUAAUGUUAUUUAAGGCUUUUGGACAUAGUUUAUUUCCACAGGUGAAAACGGGAUAAGGACUGAGGUAUCUGAAUGUAAUGCAGACUAAUAAGUUCCUGAAUUGUGGCUUGUUUCCGUUUCUGCUAUGGUACUGUCUAAAAACGUCUCAAAAACAUCUGAAAAAGUGAUUAUCUUCAAGAAGGCUGAAAAGAUCCUUCUUCAAGAGGAUCUAAGAUGGCUGCCUUCAAGCGAUUUUAUUACAGCUGUCUCUCAGGAGGCUCUCAAUGAGCAGCUCUCAGGCAGUUUAAGAUGGCUGACUCACUGAAGCCUUACUUUCAACCUGCAUUUUGAAUUUUACAACUUCUUCUGAAACUGUGUCCAAUGCCACUGACAAUUUCUGGUAGCUAUUAAGACAUUCUGCCAUGGCACUUCUGAAUGAGCUAAUGGAAACUGUAUUAGAUGGAGAACUGGGGUCUGACUAGUUUCCAAUUGACAUGUUCUGCUGGCAACGAUUGGCACAGUUGGGACAAUGAAGGAAAGAGUGAGAAAGCCUGAGCUCCAACACUUAGAUAUCUCUUUUAAAACAGUAGAUUUGUCCAGGAAUCUUUUGGUUCUUCUUGUUUGACCAUACGGACGUACACACACAGUCUCUCAGAUGUGCAAACAAUCUCACACAUGUACAUACACACACACACUCACACGUGUGCACAUUCUCACAUACAUGCAUGCACACAUAUCUACACAUUCACAUGCUCAAACUCCCAUAAGUGUACACACACAUACAUGCAGAUACACACACUUACACACCCCCAGUGGGUUCAGACCAACAACCCAUUUUACUCCAUUUUGUGCUGCAUUGAAGUUAUUGGAUUUGAGCACAACCCAUUAUGUUAACACAGUAACUGAGCUGCUGGGCUGAUUAGGAGUUAUGACCACACUAAUUCAAAGCUUCUUCCUAUAAGCCUGUGUUCCAGCACUUAAUGUGAGAGGAGUGUGUACUUAUAGGUGGGAUAUCUGCAUACUGCAUACCUUGACCUUCACAUCAAAUGGUGCUUUAUCUCCCAGACAAUUUGAGGGACUACUAGGACUCCUGGUGAUCACUUGUGCGUGAAUGUUGUGGUUUCUUGUAAUUUUUGAGACUUUCCCACUGUGGGAUGGUUGGUUCCCCCACCCGCCCCAUUGCCGAUGGCCUACAUGAAGGCUGCAGAAAGGUUUCAAUGGGGCAUGGACACAGGAAAAUGAUUCCUUCCAGUGGUGGAAUCAACAAUAAACUGAAACAAUCUUAAAGUUACAGCUAGGCCAUUCAGGAGGGAAACCCAAAAGGCUUCAGAAUCCUGGAAAAACCUGACAUAACAGACCAUGAGCAUCGAAUCAACUGGACCUUCCAAGGUUAUGGGUCACAGAUUUUUGUUAAGAAAGGGUAUCAAAGGUUACAUCACUUAGCCAACAUCUGGUACAAAAGAAUGGGCUUGAUGGGUUGAAUGGUCUCUUGUUCAUAAAAAAACAUUUGUCAGGAUGGAAGAAUCAAUCUUCAUAGAGAGUGUUAGGCAAAUGUUUUCCUUAAAUUGCCAAUUCUGACAUUUCCACUGUGGAAAAGACUAGACAGUAUUUUGCUGAAGGUGUUGCAAUACGUUUUGUGGAUGAACCGUGGAACAGGCUGCUCUGUGUGUUUUUUCAUGAGGUCAGGUUCCGUGAGCACCUGAGGGUGGGUGUAGUUUUUGAAUUUUGGAGGGGUAAUUAAUCAUUUCCCCAGUUCUGACAAAUUCCUAAUUACAGCCCAGGGUCAGAGGAUGAGACCAGAAUCCACCCAAGAAAGUGAAGGAACCAGUCAGACAGCUUGGACUGUUAGGAGGAGACCAUUACAAACAAUGUCAGUCCGUGGAAUUGUAGAAUAAUAACCUUCUCCAUCUGUUGAGGCAGUAGAGAUUAACUCUUGAAUGUGCACUGUGCAGCAAGAGAUGUGAAUAUUUUAGAAUCAGGCACUUGAUGCCUGUGCACUGAGGUGGACCUUCCUACAGUAACUCUAUUUAAAGUGUGCUCCUUACGUUUUCCCCCUUAAAACAAACUUCACUUUGGUGGAGUAAUCUGAACUGAACAAUGCUUCAUUUCUGAAGCACAAAUGAGACAACUGUAGAGGGUCAUGUGUAGUAAAUAUCCGGAGUGUAUAUUUAAAGACUUUUUUUUCUUUGUGUUUAAUAUAUUUCUUCAUGUCUGCCAGUAUUACUGUAAUUUUGAGAUGUGGCUGUGUUUUUUUAUCUGACCUGUACGAUCAGUUAGACUACGUGUGUGUGACAGCUGGCACCCGUGUGCCAAUCUAUAACAACACUUAGUGAUAUGUAGAACAGAGUAAUAUUGCCAAGUGGAAUGUAACUUUGGUGCAGUGUGUGCAGGUGGCAGGAUUUUAGAGAUCAAGAUUAUUUAAUGAUGUGAGAUGCCAUUCAAUUUAAUCACAAUUUCACCUCCUGAUGGACUGUGAUUCACAGAGCAUCCUCCCAUCUCUAAGGUCACCCCCAAACAGUGGAGUUACAGAUCUCCUUCCUCUACCUAAUGUAUUAGACUUAAAAGAACAGAGAAAAUUCUGAUGGAGCAGUUAUCCAAUGGUUGACAUUGCACUUUUGAUGUCAUAGGGCCAUAGUCAGUCUCGUGACGCAUCCAACAGUUUUUUUUUGUUUAACAAUAUUAUCAAUCUCACAUCAGAGGAAUACAUGUGAACCAUAACACCAGGAAGAAUAAAGCAUCAUUCUAUUAUUGAUAUCCUCAACUUCAAUCUGCUUUCCAAUGGACAUUACGAAAUCCAACUAACCAUUUGAGCGCGGCAGUCAGAUGUAAGGAGUAAGCCAAGAAUCUACAACGUUGGGAUCAGAUUGAUAUCAAUCCUCUUGAAGCAGGGGCUGGAGGUGGAUGAGCUGGUGCUGAUCAGCAGACAGCAAGCAGACAGAAUUCACAGCCUGCUGUUCCCAAACAUGCUUUGGGGAAUAACUACAAAGUACCCGAGGUAGUUACUCUGUCCAUAACUAAGCUAAUAAUUGUGAGAACCCAGUACAUAGUCCACACCUGAGUUCUAGCGGUACAGCUGGAAUGAGGAAACUCAAUCCCUCCAUCCCAAAUCCUCUUUUGCUGUUGAUUUACUAACAAUAAACAUAGCCACAUUUGGACUCUAAGGGUUCCUGUUACAGCAUUGUACUGCUCUUUUGUUAAUAUCUGACUUCAAUAUAAGUUUGCAGAUAAAUAGUGUUGUAUAUAAUGAUGUUUUGCACAUAUUGUAAUUAGAAUGAUGUC